AUGGUCCAGAUAAUUGUCCACCCCCAAAUAGCUCUUGUUGAUGAGCCACUGCAUAUCCGAGUAACUGGCCUGCUCCCUUCUCAGUUGGUAAUGUUGCAGGCAUCAUUGACAGAUGAAAGAGGACAACUCUUUCAGUCUCAAGUCUUCUAUAAGGCUGAUGAAGAUGGAGAGGUAGACCUGGAGCAUGCAGGAGCAACUGGAGGGGACUAUGUAGGUAUCCAUCCUAUGGGCCUCUUCUGGUCCCUGAAACCUAAGAAGACUUUUUCUAGGCUAUGGAAACGGAAUGUGAUAAAUAAUCCCUUCCGGUUUCAACUAGAGGUGUAUGAUACAAAGCAAUUUUUGAACCAUUCACCUGACAAUCCUAUGGCCACUGAGACUGUGGAGCGAUGGUACUCAAUACCUGGAGUACAACGAAUCCAGAUAAGGGAAGGUCGAGUUCGAGGAGCUCUCUUCCUCCCACCAGGAGAAGGCCCUUUCCCUGGAGUAAUUGAUUUAUUUGGUGAUGUUGGUGGACUGAUUGAGUUUCGGGCCAGUCUCUUGGCCAGUCAUGGCUUUGCUACAUUGGCCUUAGCUUACUUUGCCUAUGAUGACCUGCCCAAAAAACUAGAUGUUAUAGAUAUUGGAUACUUUGAAGAAGCUGCUGAUAUCCUCCUGAGAAAUCCCAAGGUGCUUGGUCCCAGAAUUGGAAUAGUUUCAGUGAGCCGAGGGGCACAGAUUGGGAUGUCUAUGGCAACAUUCCUGAAGCAGGUGGCAGCCACAGUCUGCAUUAAUGGCUUCUUUUUUGCAACUGGAAUUGCAAUCAAGUAUAAAAAUGAAAUAAUUUACUCACUUGCGGAAUUUCCAGAAAGGUUAAGAACAAAUGAGCUUGGCCUAUUAGAGUUUUGCUUUUCAGUAGGAAAUCCUCAAGAAGAGGCAAAUAAGCAUGCUUUCUUGCCAGUAGAAAGGGCCCAGGGUCAUAUACUGUUUAUUGUUGGAGAAAAAGACCAUAUCUUUCAUAGCAAAUCUUAUGCUGAGCAAGCAAUGGAGCAGCUGAGAAGACAUGGAAAAAGCAAUGGCACCCUGAUCUCCUAUCCUGGAGCUGGGCACCUAAUAGAACCUCCCUAUUCGCCUUUAUGUGUGGCCUCAUGGAAUCCCUUUAUCUCAAAACCUAUUUGGUGGGGUGGUGAACCCAUCCCUCAUGCCGAAGCCCAAGAACAUUCCUGGAAAGAGAUUCUGAAAUUCCUCAGACGUCAUCUUACCUCAACCAGCAUCAAUAAACUGUAAGGGUGAUGGAUGAAUCAAAGGUUGCCAGAGGCAAAGACUGGCAGAACUGAAGGGACCUCAGUGAUCA